AUGGCCAGCUUUGCCCGUUCCUUCAAGCCCUCGCCGGCAUACCUCUCGCCCUGCCGCCGUCCCGUCAUGCCCGGCCGCACCCUCUCAAACUCGUCGGACCUGUCCUUGGCCUCGACUGGCGACGACGCGGGCGACGCCCCGGUCCCCUCAGCCCCCGGUACGCCAUCCGCCGAGGACGCGUGGGCCAACAAGAACGCCUCAUCCAUCGUCAACUCGCCCAAGUCCGGCAACAGUGGCCCCAUUGCCAUCGAGUUGCCCAAGCUCAAGAAGCUCAACGCCGCCGCCGCCGUCUACACGCCCCCCGAGCCUCUCUCUGCGCGGGGCGAUCUGCCUGGGGGUUAUUUUCCCAUGCACGAGGAUCCCAAGGGCCGCAUCCACCGUCCUCAUCCUUUCCACCAAGACGCUGGAUUCUCACGCCAUCAUCUUCACUCAGACACGGCCGCCAUGCAGACCGAUCGCAAGGAUUCUCACUCGGCCGCCUUCCCGGCGUCCAUGGCCCAUGCGAGCAUGCCCGUCGCCUCGUAUCUCGCCCCAGGCUUCCACGAUAGCCCUCUGCCCAUGGGAAAGUACUAUCCCUCCAACUAUGAGCAGCAUCAGCGCACAAACGUGAAUCACCGCGCGCAUCCUUCCGUGUCCGAGUCGCUGCCGUCCUCGAUGAGGCAUGACUCCCACCUCUCUAGGCACGGCUCGCAAAUCCCCCGCGGGGAGGCGGCCGAGGCCGAGGCGCGGCGCAAGAUGCAGCAGUAUCAGCGCGACAUGAUUGCGCAGGCAGCCAUGGCCCUCGGGGGUUCUACCAAGGCCGAAUCCAAGGCAGCGCCGGGCGUCUCGCUCGGCGGCAAGUCCCUCAAAGACGCGUGGCUCGCCGGGCCUUCGCCGCACAAACCCACCUCUCCGAGGUUGCACCCUCUGGGAAGCCCUGGUCCAGUCACGCCCAUGGAUCUCGAGGCCGCCAGCGCUGGCGGAUAUCUCGAAUAUGGCAAGAAGCCCCAAGACUGGCUAUCCAAGGAGAACAAGGCGGCCAUCACCGCCGGUCACGCGACACGCUCCCUAUGA